ACGCACACAACUCAAGGAAAGGGAGGGAAUCAUCAUAGAAUCAAGCCAUCAUAAUUAGAAGACAAUAUGGCUGACGCUGCACCUCGCGGACGUGGUGGAUUUGGCCGUGAUCGCGGUGGUCGCGGUGGACGUCGCGGACCCCGUCGUGGCGCUCGUCGCGGAGAUGAGAAGGAGGAGUGGGUUCCCGUCACCUCCGUCGGUCGUCUCGUCAAAGAUGGCAAGAUCAAGUCUAUCGAGGAAAUCUACCUCUUCUCCCUGCCCAUCAAAGAGUUCCAAGUGGUCGACUUGCUCUUGCCCAAGCUGAAGGAUGAAGUGAUGAAGAUCAAGCCAGUCCAAAAGCAAACCCGUGCAGGUCAACGUACCCGCUUUAAGGCUUGCGUUGCUAUCGGUGAUGGAGAUGGUCACUUGGGUCUUGGUGUCAAGUGCGCCAAGGAAGUAGCAACCGCUAUCCGCACCGCCAUCAACAUUGCCAAGCUCAACGUCAUUCCCAUUCGCCGAGGAUACUGGGGUAACGCUCUUGGAGAACCUCACACUGUCCCUCUUAAGGUCUCUGGAAAGUGCGCUUCGGUCACCUGCAGAAUCAUUCCUGCACCUCGCGGUACCGGUAUCGUCGCUGCUCCUGCAUCCAAGCGCUUGUUGCAGCUCGCUGGUAUCGAAGACGCUUACACGCAAACUCGUGGACAGACCGCCACCACCGGCAACUUCGUCGGCGCAGCAUACGAAGCUCUUUCCAAGACCUACGCUGUCCUCACCCCGGACCUCUGGAAGCUCAUCGCUCCCCCGCCCACUCCAUUCGUCGAGCACUCUGCACACCUCGCUCGCACCGCGCCCAAAAAGCUCUACUAAGCUAGCCAGCUUGUGCAGCCCCUUCGCCGAACCACCGAUAUGCUUCGCCAUCUGUACUCUCCCACCCAGCCAUGUGUUGGCUUGACAUGCAACUCAUGAAUCACUCGCUAAGUGCAGCAUCGAGGGAG